AAUCGAUAUAGGUUAAACAAACAAAACUCUCCCAAAACCUUGUUUCGUUACUGUAAUUCGUAAACCCUAGCAACCACCGUCACCGCCGCCGCCGGAGCAAAAAUAUCAUGGGGAAAGAUAACAAAACGAAGAAGAAGCCUAACAAAAAAGGCGAAAGAAGAAUGGGACCAGAUGCAGUCGCCAUGAAAGCUAAAACCCAGAAGGUCGAUAAUCCAUUUGAAUUAAUCCGAUCUCGCCGGAAGUUCGAUAUCCUCGGAAAGAAGCGUAAAGGUGAAGAACGGUUCGUCAGUGUUUCUCGAACUCGAGCUGUUGAUAAGAGGAAGAACACGUUGCAGAAAGAGUAUGAGCAAAGCUUAAAAGCUUCGGUUUUUUUGGAUAAGCGUAUUGGAGAACACGACGAUGAGCUUGGUGAAUUCGAUAAGGGUAUAAUUCGAUCGCAGAGACAGCGUCAGUUGAAACUAGCGAAGAAGAGUAUGUAUAAUUUGUCUGAUGGGGAAGAGGAUGUAUAUGAAGAUGGUGCUCUUGGUGGUUCUUCUGUAAGGGAUGAUUUUGAUUCUGGACUUUUGUCAGAUGAAGAUCUUCAAGAUGAUGAUCUAGAAGCUUCUGCAUCAAAGAGACUGAAGCAUCUAAACAGAAACAGACAGGUUGACGCAUCUGGAGAGGAAGAGAGACAUAAGAGCAAGAAGGAAGUAAUGGAAGAGAUCAUCAUGAAGAGCAAACUUGGCAGGAUGGAGAAAGCUAAGCAAAAGGAGGAAAAGGGAAAGCUAAUGGAUGAGCUGGAUGAAAAUUUCAAGUCCUUAGUGAAUUCUCAGGCGAUGGAGAGUUUAACUAAGCCUUUUGAUGUCGAAGAGGAUACACGCAAUCCUUAUGUAUUAAUGCUGAAUGAUAUGGCAAUGGAUAUUCGUGCUCGUCCUUCUGAGAGGACAAAGACACCUGAAGAAAUUGCCCAGAAAGAGCGAGAAAAGUUAGAGGCUCUUGAGGAAGAGCGUAAGAAAAGGAUGCAGGAAACUGAGGAGUUAAGCGAUGGGGAUGAGGAAAUUGGCGGCGAGGAAUCAACAAAGAGGCCAAGGGUCAUUUCUGGUGACGAUCUUGGUGAUUCCUUCUCAGUUGAAGAAGAUAAGCCGAAAAGGGGAUGGAUUGAUGAUGUUCUUGAAAGAGAGGAUGAUGUUGAUAAUUCAGAAAGUGAUGAGAAUGAUAGCUCUUCUGAGGAUUCAGAAAGUGAAGAAGAAGAAGAUGAUGAGUCAGAUGGGGGUGAUGAGAAGCAGAGAAAAAGUGAGCAGAGAAAACGUCAUCAUUUAGAAGACUGGGAACAAAGUGAUGAUGAGCUAGGGGAUGAGCUGGAAGAUGAGGAGGAGGAUGAUGAUGAAGAAGAUGAUGAGCCAAGAGUACAUAAAAAGUUGAAGAAUGACUAUGCAGCUCCAAAUAAAGGAGAAGGGUUGUCUGGAACAGUGAAACAAAAAACCAAUAUGAAGAAAUUGAGUUCAACGCAGCGUGAUAUUCCGUUCAUGAUUGAUCCUCCAAAAAAUUUCGAGGAAUUGCUUGCCCUAGUGCAAGAUUGUUCAAAUGAAGAUGUUAUUUUAAUUGUCAACCGAAUCCGGAUAGCACACUCAAUUAAGAUUAAAGCUGAAAACCGAAAAAAGAUGCAGGUCUUCUAUGGUGUUCUCUUGCAGUAUUUUGCCGUUCUUACAAGCAAAAAGCCCUUGAACUUUGAUUUAUUAAAUAUGCUUGUCAAACCUUUGAUUGAGAUGAGCAUGGAGAUCCCCUACUUUGCUGCAAUAUGUGCUCGCCAGCGGCUUUUAAAGACCCGUGCACAAUUUUGCGAGGCUAUCAAGAAUCCAGAGGAUGGAUGCUGGCCUUCUUUGAAAACAUUGUUUCUCUUGCGGCUCUGGUCCAUGAUUUUUCCAUGCUCUGACUUUCGCCAUGCUGUGAUGACCCCAUCGAUAUUGUUGAUGUGUGAAUAUCUCAUGCGCUGUCCCAUUUCCUCUGGUCGUGAUAUUGCCAUAGGUUCCUUUUUAUGCUCCAUUGUUCUUUUGGUUGCUAAGCAAUCUAAAAAGUUCUGUCCUGAAGCCAUAUUAUUUAUUCGGACUCUCCUGAUGGCUGCUUCAGACAAAAAGUCACCAUCAUCUGCGGAAUCUGAGUUUUAUCAUUUCAUGGAAUUAAAAUCGUUGACUCCAUUGUUGUGCAUACAAGACAACGUAAAGGAGGUCAUGCCUUUAAACUUCCUAAAGAUAAUGAAUGAGCCAGCAGACUCUCCAUAUUUCAGCUCUGAUGAUUUCAGAGCAAGCAUCCUUUCAAGUGUGGUCGAUACUCUUGGAGGGUUUGUGGAGAUAAACGGAGGAUUGAGUUCCUUUCCAGAGAUCUUCAUGCCCAUCUCAACUUUAUUGCACCAAAUUGGGAACCAAGAAAAGAUCCCACAAACUCUCAAGGAGAAAUUAGAAGAUGUCGCAAAGCUAAUCGAAAAGAAAACCGACGAGCAUCACAAGGAACGCAAACCACUCUCUAUGCGUAAGCAUAAGCCAGUAGCCAUCAAGAUGGUCAAUCCCAAAUUUGAGGAGAACUUUGCUCCAGGCAGGGAUUACGAUCCAGACAAAUACCGUUCUGACCUCAAAAAGUUGAAGAGAAAGUUAAAACAGGAAGCCAAAGGAGCAGUGCGUGAGCUGCGCAAAGAUAGCUACUUCAUGAGCUCGGUUAAAGCAAAAGAGAAAGCUGUGCAAGAGCAAGAGAGAGCAGAGAAACAUGGCAAAGCUUGGGCUUUUCUUCAAGAACAAGAGCAUGCUUUCAAAUCUGGACAACUUGGUAAAGGCAAAGGCAAGAAGAGAAGACGUUGAUACCAUUACCACUGUGUUUGUUCUAUUUUUCCCUUCUUUAAACCUACCAACACAAUUUUGUUUUUUUGUUGGAUAAUCAAAAAACUAUUUACAG